AUGCCCACCGCCGGCGUCUCCCUGAUGAGCCCGGCGUCGCUCUUCGCGACCGUCGCUAGACGGUCCACCCGUCACGCGUCAUCGACCGUCGCGUCGCUCACCACCCGCGCUCGGGGAUACCCGCCCGCCCGCCCCGGGCUCUCCCAGCUCGCCGGGCGCCUCGCCGCGCCCAGGGCGGUCUCCACCGUGACCGCCGAGAUCGAGCCCCCGGAGGAGGAGGUCGCCUUCCAACGCGGCCCGGCGUCCGUGCACGCGGUCGAGGGCCCCCUCGCCGUGCUCAGCGGCGUCGGCGCGGACGUUCCCCCGGGCACGCUCGUCCGCAUGGGCGACGCCGUCCAGGGGUUCAUCCUCUCCCACCGAGAGCCCAAGACGUUCGCGCUCAUGUACGCCGCCGGUCAGGGCGCCGGGGGUGCCCCCUCCGUGGGAGCCGGCUCCGGCGUCGCCGUCAGCCCCGGCGACGCGGUCGAGGUGCUCAGGAAGCGGCACUUCCGCAUGCCCUCGGACGAUGACCUCCGCGGGCGGUGGAUCGGCGCGCUCGGCCAGCCCAUGGACGGCGGCGACGCGCCCGGCGGCGGGGACCGGGACCUCGCCUGCGGAGAGGACCUCGACGGCGCCAUCAUCCGCGACCCGCCCGGAGUCGAGGACCGCAAGCCGAUAACCACCCCGCUCGUCACCGGGAUCAAGGCGCUGGACGUGCUCACGCCGCUCGGCCGGGGCCAGUGCAUGCUCCUCACCGGCGAGCCCGGCACCGGGUUGACGCGGCUGGGCGUCAGCGCCGUCGCCGCGCAGGCGGGAUCCGGAGUGCGAUGCGUCUACGGCGCCACCGGAGCCGCCGCCGAGGACGGGGGUAAGGGCGCGGUGGAGGAGCUCAGGGCGGCGGGGGCCAUGGGUCACACCACCGUAGUGUCCGUUGACGGCGACGCGUCCCUCGCGGAGAGGUAUGCGGCGACCUGCGCGGCGUUUGCCGUCGCGGAGGGGGCCAGGGCGAAGGGCGAGGACGUCCUCCUCGUUCUUGACGACUUCACGGGACUCGUCGAGUUUACCAAGGACAUGGCGAGGCUGUCGCCGCAGCUCGAUAAUCCCGAGGGGAUAAUCGACGAGGAGAAGAUGGUGGAGUACGAGGGCAUGAUCAUCAACGCGCUGCUCGCGGAGCGCCGAAGAUUCCUGGGCACGACGCUGCAGCGGGUGGCGAGGAUGUCAGACUCGCUUGGUGGCGGUUCGCUCACCUUGCUGGGUAUCAUGUACCACGAGAAGGGCGCGUACAGGGGACGAAAGGGAAGCAACAAGGACAGCGGGGCGGUGGGCAGCUCGGAGGGUGCGGACGGCACCCUGCAGCUACCCGCGGGCUUCGACCAGAUGGCACCAGAGAUGCAGGCAAAGAUCACCGCCGCGCUCGAGAAGAAGAGGGAUGCGGCGGUGAAAGCGGCCGAGGCGCGAGAGGCUGAGGCUGCAGCGAAGCGGCCGGAGGACGCUUACACCCAGCCGCGUUCGCUCGUGGAGGAGUUCAUGAGCAUCACCGACGGUCAGGUGAUGGUCGAGAACUUCAGCGAGUCAAACGGUUGGGGCAUCAGCGUUAAGGACAGCGUUUCCAGGAUCGGUACCCCCGGAGCAGCGGGACCGCUCAAGUCCCUCGACAUGAUGCAGCUGCGACUGGACGUGAUGCAGGCUGACGACAUGCAGGCGUUCGGGAACAACGGCGACGAGAAGGUGCAGAUGAGGAACAGGUCAUCGGCGAUCAGGGGCGUGCUGAGGCAGAGGCCUGGGGAGACGGCGGCGCUCAGCGCGCAGACGGUGGGCCUCUUUGCGCUUCAGAAGGGUUACCUCAAGAAUAUGAAUGCGGACGAGGCCGCGGCGCGGGUGAACGAGGCGGUGACCAAGGCGAAGGAUACGAUCCCGGAGGUGAUGGACGCCCUGGACACUAACCCGUCCAAGGCACUCUCCGCCGAAAACUCGGAGAAGCUUGCCUCGCUCUUUGCUGCUUGA